AGAAAUAAAAACGGAUCUGAAGUCAAUAUUGCGUUAUUUGGGCUAAUUCAACGUUUCAGCUUUGGGAUGGCAAACUGAUCCUACGAGAAACGCACUUGGUCAUCAUUACGUGGUCUCGUGUGACAACAGCUGUAAAUCCUGCUAGCUCUCAUGUCCCUGCUAGAUAAAUGAAAAUAUAUUGAACAAAUAAAUUAAGGUAGCGAAAAAUAAAGUAAAAAUGCUUUCUCGUUUAUUGAAGGAGCACCAAGCUAAGCAGAACGAGAGAAAAGAACUCCAAGGUGAGGGGAAAUAACGUCUAGUGUGAUGCUGCAGCUAGCUAGCUAAGCUAAAAACAACAGCUAGGAAAAUUAGCUAGCUAGUUAGUUAGCUGCAGCAACAAGGUUCUGAACGUAUAACAACAAACAACCGUUAGAAAUGCAUGAGUCAAGCAAAUUGUGAAUUUCGUGACGAUAACUGGAUUUAUAGUUAGCUAGCUCUGGACGACAACGACGAGUUGCCUCUGCUAGUAUUUGAACUCGUACUGACGCCCAGGGUCAGGCAGUUCGCUAACUAGCCCCUGGAAUCGACGUUAUACCGCAUAUAUAUAUAUAUAUAUAUAUAUAUAUAUAUAUAUAUAUAUAUAUAUAUAUAUAUGUAUAUAUAUGUGUGGUUAUAUACUGUACAUUUACUCCAAGGGUUACUCAAGUUUUGGGCGAACACAGCUAACUAGAAGACGCUAACGUUAGCGUGUUCUUAACUUGAUGGCUAACCUAGCUACGUUAUGCUAUUCCACCCCAUGACAUGAUAGGUGGGGUGUAUUCAUUCCGCCGAUUCUAGUGGUGGCGGCUACCUAAAUUUGUCCACUAGCAAGAAACUCCCGUUUUGCUCCGUUUGCAUUCCGUUUGGUUCUUAAACGGUAAACGUUUUCUGUAGAUGUAUUCAUUACGCCUAUUCUGUUGUUGCAAAACGUUUCGUCUGUUGCAAAACGUUUUGCAAUAGAAACUGUUUACUCCAAACUGUAAACGUUUUGCAACGAAAAUGAGUUUAGAUUGGACAAAUUCAGGUAGGUCCCUCCCUGUUUUGUUCCGUUUGCUCGAUUUGUUUCAAUUUGUUUGUUAAACGGUUUCCGUUGCAAGACGUAAUGAAUACACUCCUGUUUUCUUUUGCCCUGCUCAGAGAGACGCAGACGAGAGGCAAUUGCUGCGGCCACCUGUCUAACAGAAGCCUUGGUGGACCACCUCAAUGUUGGGUAUGUGAAUAAUGGCCAGUAGUUAGCUUGUGUUGUUUACCCCUGUUGGGACCUAAAAAAUCUGUAUUUAUUUUUUGCCUGAUUACGUUUUGUUUUUCCCAAAUUCGGUUUUCGCCAUUUAGUUUUUCACAGUUUCAGUUUUCGCUCUCAUUCACUUUAUUGUAUUUGAUUUUUUUUUAAAAAAAAACAAUUGAAUGUUCUAAGUCCACAAAAAUGUUUAAACUGCAUCAGGAUACUUUUUUUAGGUGUGGGAUUUCUUCCCGAAAAUUCGAUUUUUGUGUGUAGUUACCCUUUUAAUGCAAGUGGGCACCAGGAAGAUACCUUUGUUUGGUUAAGCGGUGUUGUUGUAGGGCUCAUGUGAUUGCAGAGUUUGCAAAACAAAUGGCCACUGUAUUGAUGCAAAUAAUCAUAAUAUUAUUCUGCCAUGUAUGCAUAGGCUACUUUGUUGUUAACAUUUAAUUGAGAAGGUUUUUGGGAAAGCCUUUCCAUCUCUACCAGAAUAAUGUUAUCAUUAGCAUCAUCGCUAACGGCUACACGGUGUACGCACCGCACACACCCACUCAGACAGGGGCAUUCCUGUGCCGUUUCAGAAAGUUGCAUGAAAAUAGGAAUCACUGAUGCAGUUUGUUCGUCUUAUGAUUCACUUGGGCAAAUGAAUGCAUUUUUUCUCAUUUCUGUUCAAUAGCUUUAUUUGAUUUCCAAACAAGUUAAAUAUAUUGUUAAAUUCCGUUUUAUUGUCGGGAUUCCGUCCGCAAUACUGAUUUUUUUUAUAGGGCCCUACCCCUGUUUUUAUGUACCCAUCAUUCAGCUGUUCAACUCGGCCAAUUCCGAUCAAAUGCCUUGACACGUGACCAAUUAGGCCUGUUUUGUAACCUGCAUUGAAAGUGUUUAGCUACCGUCUUGUAUUUGAGCUGUAGCCUUGGUUUAUAGCUUUUUGUCACAGAGGUUUUUAAACCCAACAUUGCAACACUUGCGAAGCAGACUCUGCAUACCGGACCGGGGUUUGAGAAGUCAAUGAGAGAAUUGAACUGAUUCCUUAGUAGUUCAUUUUCUCGAUUUCUGAAGGCACAACAUAGAUUAAAACCCAUGUUUUAAGUAGCUCAACCAUGCCAUUACUACAACCUCAUAAAAGUGACAAACUGACACGUUUUCAUUUUUCGUCAAAAACAACUUUAUAUCGAGUGGACGGCAUGCACAUGCGCAGUUCGGAGUGACUUGACCGUUAUACCCGACGAUGUGUUUCUGCACAUGAUCUUAGGUAGCUAACGUCUCCAUGAUAUCGCCUACAGGCGUGAUAGGCGGACACUGCUUCUCCAAUAGAAAUCCCCUAUCUUCCUUACUAAGCAAUCGUCGAUUUUAUAACAGAAAAUGCCUGCAAAUUUCCCCGUCACAGAUUAAAUUUAAUCCUGGACUAAAAAAAAACCUGUCUGUGUGCUUAGCCUUCAAUCACUGUGUUAACCAAUGAUGGCAUGUGACUCCACAGCACAUUGUACACCCUGGUAAUAUUUCAGUAGUACAAAAGUUAAUUAAAAUCAAAUGUUAUUUGUGCUGAAUACAAUGGGUGUAGACCUUAAUGUGAAAUGCUUACUUACAAGCCCUUAACAACAAUGCUGUAGCUCAGUUGGUAGAGCAUGGCGUUUGCAACGCCAGGGUUGUGGGUUCGAUUCCCACGGAGGGCCAGUAUGAAAAAUUUAUGCACUCACUAACUUUAAGUCGCUCUGGAUAAGAGCGUCUGCUAAAUGACUAAAAUGUAAGAAAAUAAGAGUGAAGAAAAUAUUUACGAAAUAAAGUUUUUUGUCUUUUUAAGUAGAACAAUAAUGAGGCUAUAUACAGGGGGUAUCGGUACCGAGUCAAUGUGUGGGGUACAGGUUAGUCGAGGUAAUUUAGGUAAUAUGUACAUGUAGGUAGGGGAGUGACUAUACGUAGAUAAUAGAUAAUACACAGUGAGUAGCAGCGGCACAAAAAAAGGGGAGGGGUCAAUGCAAAUAGUCCGGGUAGUCAUUUGAUUAAUUGUUCAGCAGUCUUAUGGCUUGGGGUUAAAAGCUGUUAAGGAGCCUUUUGGACCUAGACUCGGCGCUCUGGUGCCGCUUGCCGUGCGGUAGCAGAGAGAACAGUGUAUGACUUGGGUGGCUGGAGUCUUUUUGACAAUUUUUUUGGGGCCUUCCUCUGACAACGCAUAGUUUAGAGGUUCUGGAUGGCAGGAAGCUUGAUCUAGUGGCGAAACCAAAGAAUAGCAUCUAAUGGAAACAGUUGGACUUGACCACCUUGGUUGCGACACUACAUUCACAUUGUCUCCUGAGUGGCGCAGUGGUCUAAGGCACUGCAUCGCAGUGCUAACUGUGCCACUAGAGAUCCUGGUUCGAAUCCAGGCUCUGUCGCAGCCGGCCGCGACCGGGAGACUCAUGGGCGGUGCACAAUUGGCCCAGCGUCGUCCAGGGUAGGGGAGGGAAUGGCCGGCAGGGAUGUAGAUCAGUUGAUAGAGCAUGGCGUUUGCAACGCCAGGGUUGUGGGUUCGAUUCCCACGGGGGGCCAGUAUAAAAAAAAUAAAAAAUAAAAUAUGUAUUCACUAACUGUAAGUCGCUCUGGAUAAGAGCGUCUGCUAAAUGACUAAAAUGUAAGUGUAAUUCAAUUACAGUUAACGAAAGGAGGAUAAAGUCAAGUGUAGAAACCAACCUCUUAUUUAUUGUUGUUAUGAAGGAUUUCAUAAGGACAUAUUUUUACACUUUCUUAACCACUGAUUUCGGUCUAAUUUCUCUUCCGUUUCCAAUAUCCAAUAGAAUGUCUUUGCCCAUAAGAUGUCAUCAGAUCAACCUUUUAUUAAAUGUUGCUUAGGCCUCUGUAGCUCAAUUGGUAGAGCAUGGCGCUUGUAAUGCCAGGGUAGUGGGUUCGAUCCCCGGGACCACCCAUACGUAAAAAUGUAUGCGCACAUGACUGUAAGUCGCUUUGGAUAAAAGCGUCUGCUAAAUGGCAUAUUAUUAUUAUUAUUAUUAUUAUUAUCCUCAUGUGAAGUCUUCUGAUCUCCAUGCCUCCUUAAAAUCUUGUUGUACUAAUCUUCCAGUUGCUGUGUGUGAUGUUUAAUUCCAGGGUGGCCCAGGCGUAUGUGAACCAGAGGAAGCUGGACCAUGAGGUGAAGACGUUACAGGUGCAGGCCAGCCAGUUCUCCAAGCAGACCGCUCAGUGGAUCAGUAUGGUGGAAGGAUUCAACCAGGCCCUGAAGGUACACACACUACACAGUAUGGUCUUAGAUUAGUAGCCAUUUUCCCUAAAUCCUUUUAUGUUUGUCGAAUGAUAGCAGCCCCCCCCCCCCCCCCAUGAGUGUUUCAAAUCUGAAGAGAAGUACAAUAUAACUUUCCUUUGGGAACAAAACAAACUGGUAUAUUGGGUAUCUUUUCAGUUGACUUUUUCACCCGUUCUAAUGUACGUUUAGUCCUGCCACAUUCCCAGCCAGGCAAACAUGUUAAAUAAAACCUUAUGUUCAAAAGCAUUUUAGCUAAAACAUGUGAUACUUAACAUUUAGUAGGCCUCAAACUCAUCAAAGCUAUAUAUAUAUAUAUAUAUAUAUAUAUCUAUCACAGAUAAUGAGCUACUGUUCUUCUUACCAAGGCUCAAACACAGCGUUAAGCCAAUCUCUGCCUGUCUGUGUUAACAUCGACACCAGUAGAUGACUACGGUAUGGAGGGAAAUCCAAACCCUUUCGUUGAACAUCAAACACCACAUUCCCUCUCUCUCUGUCUGUCUGUAACCUUCCAGGAAGCUGUAUUAUAGGUGCAUUAUGAAUGUGUCAUAUACCUUGGCUUGGUCAGGAAGAACAGAGUGAGAGAGUAAGGUUGAUUUUAUUUUGUUAAUCUUUAAGUCUUUUGACGCUACCGUGCGUCAAUCUAAGUAACAUAAUAAAAAAAAUCCCCAUCAAAAUCCAUCAGUUUAAGCUAGAGAUAUCAUGGCAUCCGCCUAUUUCGCCUUCCGGAUCAAUCCACCGUAUCCGCCGAUGUCGGCCUUCCAGAUCUGCAAACAGCGGUGUUUGUCAGACCAUGAGACAUCCCGAAAAUCGGUUUGCUCUACAACCCCCACAGGUGUCUCGGGACUCGUCUGAAGUCGGUACAUCCGAUCUGCCAACUUCUGUCUGUAGUGUCCGAACCGUUUGAGCUACAAACUAAUAUGACCCCUCUAUGGAAAGGGGAGACUCUCACGAACACGAUGGUAAUCCAUACAAACGAAUGGAAGUAUGGAGGUAGUUUUGUGCCAACAAAAAUAAGGGGUUCAAUAUGUGUCCCAACAUUUGUUUAUUUCCUGAACUUUCUUAUAUCUCCUAGAUAUAGGACAGACACUUCUAAACCUUAUUCCUUAUGGUUUAUUUAGACUUUUUUUUGCCAUUUGUGUUAUUCAAUGUGUUUGUAUGGGCUAUAGUAGCAAAAGCGAAAUGUAAUCUUUUAUCAAAUUCUACAUUUUUUUUAUACCUAAAGGGGUCCUAAAAUUCAAAAUCAAAUAGCUAAAUGAGCCAUGGUCUGAUGAUCUUAAAACAAUUUCCGUAUGUUAGCUUAGUGGAGGUUAAAUAGCUCUGAGCCAUCUCUGUCACAGCUCACUCAUGCUUUGGCAUUAAGAGGAUGACUCUCAGGACUGUCUGAUGAUGAAAUGUCAGGGGCUCACUCAUAAAGUUGAUAAUGUCACCCCCCUUGUGGUAUGAAGUAGCUGCAACAAUUGUAUAGUCUAUAACAUGUAGGCUACUUAUUCAUGAAUUUUUAGUUGUAAUUCUUCCCAUUGUGUCCUUAGUAUUGACCCCUUAAUAAAGCAGCCCUAGCCUCUAACCUUUAAAAAAUAUAUAUAUAUAUGUUUUUGUCUUGAACAGGAAAUAGGUGAUGUGGAGAACUGGGCUCGCAGUAUUGAGAUGGACAUGAGAACCGUCGCCACAGCUCUGGAGUAUGUACACAAGGGUCAGGUCACAUCAGCCUCGUCGUAGACACACUGAACCAUAACCUGGAACUGAUGGCCCGCUGCUAACUUCAGUAGCUGGACACUUUCACUGUGAAAGAGUGGUGGACUUUCCACGGAUACCAGGAUUCUGGUCGAAGAACCAUCUGAAAAGUUGAUUCAAGGCUUCAGUGAUUACUAAAGGCUUUAAGGCUCGCCCAGUGUUCAUGAGGUGACGCGUUGUGUUACAGCAGGAACUGAAUAUCUGUGGACAAAUAAACCUUAUUGAAAAGAGCGCCUAUGGCCCAUCUGCAAUGUUGUUUUGUCCACAACACUUUUAAUUGUUAAAGGUCUGUACCAAAUAUAUAUUAACUGUCGUGGAAAUACCUAACCAAUUGUCCUCAGACCAGGUAUAAUGGGCUUCAGAUGGGUCCAUGUGAAUUUAGCAACACUCCUAAUGAUUUCGCUGUUUGCGCAAACGUUGUUUCCUUUGUGAGUCUAUCUGUGUGGGUGAACAAGACCAAGCAUAUCUAAUAAUCAAUUGAACGGGGGCAAUGCAACGUUUUAACAAAUUUCACUUUUACACUUUUUACGAUCUUCUGCAAAGAGAAAUAGUUCCGAUUUGGUUUUAGUCUGUCUUUCGGGUACUAGUCAGUCAUUCUCUGAAGUUAGGCCAUGUUCCUAUUCCCAUGAGGAUGAACAGGACUUUGAAAUGUGGAUUAGCUAGCGAGGCGUUGAACAAAAGAGGCCUGUUUGUGAAAUAGUACUAUGGAGAAAUAGGAUUUAUUUGCUUGUAAUUGGUCGCCUGUUUUUAGAAGGGAGAGAUUUGUCUGGUAACUGCCAACUCUCCUGUAUGACUAAAACUACCCAGCCUGGUUAAACCAGACUGACUGAAUGAUGCGUUCGCCAGUGAUGUCUGUCUGGUUUAAGUAGGUGGUAUUUGUACCCUGUUUUAAUAAAAGCGACGUUUAAACAUCUCAAGUCUCUUACUGCUUGAAAACCUUUUGGAUCAUGUAUGUUCAAUUAAUCAUUCUCUCUCACGGUGUGUUGUAGCCUGAAUGCCAGUCAGUUUCAGCUAUCGUACCAACUCGUUGUCAUGACAAACAAUGACCGCAAUGGAAUUGACAAGAACAAAUGGAUCUGGGGGACCAGGCUAUAUAUAUAUCAAAUGCUUGUCUUUGAACUCUGUUUUGAUGUGAUGUUUCUCUGUUCUUGAAUAAAGAAAUUAAGUAAUGGUGG